CGUUCAUUCAUUGGAUCUGGACCGCUGUUUCAUAGUCUCAACCUCGCAACCUCGCAACCUCACAGCCAACCCGAGCAUCCCGCACGACCCGCGCAUUUUGAUCACUUUCGUUUCGCUUUUGUUCGGUUCGGCGCGCGCGUUUUGGUACCAGCAUCUGCACUCCACGAACGACAACGGCGACACGGCGACACGGCGACGACGGUAAUACUACGGUAAUACUACGGUUUUGAAGCAGCAGCGAAGACGAAGAGAAGACGAAGAAGCAGACGAGAUGGUCACGGUCAGGAAUCCGGCCAAUAGACUCGGCAAUGAGCUCUACGAUGCCAUGCAGGAGGUGCUGGAUACGUUGUUCAACACGAAGGACUCGGACGGCGGCGACCUCUCCUCGCCCUUCCACGACCUUCUCCCGAAGCGGGCGUACGCGGACUACUACAAGCUGAUCAAAUCGCCGCAGGCUUUGAACCCGGUGCAAGCCUCGGUUCGCCGGCGGUCCUACACGUCGUUCGGCGACUUCGUCAAGGACUGCGCGCAGAUCUUCUUCAACGCCAAGGUGUACAACCGCCACGACUCGGAGAUCUACCAGUACGCCGACACGCUGGAGAAUGUGCUCAAGCAGGCGCUCCAGAAGUGUGUAAGGACCGGGAAGGUCAAGAAGGAGGAGGCCGAAUUGCCGUUCCUGGGUGAGCUGCCGCCGCCGAGUCCGGAGGCGACUGCGCUGGCAAGUCCGCUGCUGGAGGCGGAGGAGGAGGAGGAGGAUGAUGAGGAGGAUGAUGAGGAGGAGGAUGACGAGAGUGAUGACAACGAUGAGGAGGAGGAGGAUGGGAAGAAGCGUAGGAACUCGUCUGGUCGUGCGCGGAGGACCACGAGGGGCGGGUCUGUGCAGCCGCGGGCGACACGGCGCAGAACGGGGACUGUGGGCGCCUCCGGGGAAGCCAGAGAGGAGGAUGGCGAGGAGGAGACGGGAGGACGGAAAGUCAAGGAUGAUCCGAGGCGGAAGAGGGGGCGGCCUCCGAGAGUCGACACGCCGAUGGAGACUAGGAUAAAGAAUAUCCUCAAGGCUCUAAGGAAGUUGAAGGACGAGGAGACUGGCAAUCAGCGCAUGCUGGCGUUCGAUAAGCUGCCUGAGAAGAAGGAGUUUCCCGAAUACUUCACUGAGAUCAAGAAUCCGAUUGCGAUGGAUAUCAUCAAGAAAAACAUCAAGCGCAGAGUGUACAAGACUAUGGAUCACUUCAUCGGAGACAUGGACUUGAUGUUCGACAAUGCAAGGACCUUUAACGAGGACGAGAGUCAACUCCACCAGGACGCGGUGAUGCUGCAGGACGAGCUGCAUCGCGCCGAACAGUCGGAGAUGGCCAAGUUGGAUGAGGAACUUGCUGGCGGCGAGGACGGAACUCUUGCAAAGAAGAUUCCGCUUGACAAGAUUGAGCACAACGGAGAGACAUACCGCGUUGGUGACUGGGUGCAUAUCGUCAAUCCUAACGAUCCUAACAAACCCACUGUUGCGCAAGUGUUCCGCACGUGGAAAGAGCGUGAUGGACAGGUCUGGAUCAAUGCGUGCUGGUACUUCCGCCCCGAGCAGACCGUGCACUGGGUGGAAAAGAGGUUCUACCCCGAGGAAGUAGUCAAGACGGGUCAGUACCGCGACCACAAGAUCGACGAGGUGAUAGGCAAGUGUUUCGUGAUGUUCUUCACGCGCUAUUCCCGCGGACGACCCAGGGGAAUAGACGAGAGCAAGUGUCCCAUCUAUGUUUGCGAGAGCAGAUACAACGAGAGGACAAAGCACUUCAACAAGAUCAAGACCUGGAAGAGCUGCAUCCCGGACGAGGUGCGUGGCGGUGACUAUGAGCUGGACAUGUUUGAGAAGCAGCGAACCCUCAAGAAGAUGAACAGUCCCAUUGCACAUACGUUGCCGCCAGGUGCGAAAGAAGGCGAUCCAUUGCCCGAGGCCAAGUUGGGGGUUGAAAACGCUCCACCCGUCGUCGGAGCGGUGUUCAAACGCGCUCGUCGAGAAACGGACUCUCCUCCUCCAGAGCCGACUCCGCCCCCACCUCCGCCCCCACCUGUCAUUGAAGCACCUGCGCCACGCCCUACCCGCCGUCAGAGCACCGCCAGCACUGCUGCCACCGACCCCUACCACGAGACAAUGUCCAUGACGCAGAUGUACAAACAAGCCGCCUCUGUCGCCGCACCCACGCCCGGCCACGGCCCGCAGACCCCGAUGCCCACCAUGCAUCACGACCACCAGCUCCGCACUCCGGCGCCACAGCACUUCGCACCGCCACCCGUCUACCACAACCCACCGCAGCCGAUGCAGCGCAUGCCCUCCACCUCCGGCAUGGGCGCCGGCACGCCCAGCUACGCCGCGACGCAAGCCGCGCAAGCCGCGCAGCUGCAGAUCAACCUCAACCGCCACCACAGCGAGCACAAGGAUAUGCAGCCGCCGCACGGCCUGCCCGCUCCCGCCGCCGCUCCCGCCGUCACCUUCACCCUGCCCGAACUCAUUGCCAAACAGAUCCCCGAGGCCACGGCCGAACGCUUCCUCCGUAACGAAAACGGACAGAUCCUCUGGUUCAGCGUCCCCCCGGUCGACAACCGCCCCGCCGAACGCCCCUUCGGCGGCCUCGGUCACUCCGCCCAGUACCUGGCCCACCGCCGCGAGCGCGAGGAGAAACACGAGGCCCGCGCUAGAGAGCGUGAGGCGCAGAUGCAGGAGGGUAAGCGCAAGGCGGAGGAAGAUCGCAAGGAGGACCAGAAGCAGGUCAAGAGGCUGCUCGUUACGUCACUUGGUCUGUUGACUGAGCAGAUCCGCGAGUCGCUCAAUGCUGAACCUGAGACGGAGAAGAAGACCGAGAAGGAGAAGGAGACGGAGACGGAGGUUGCAUCUGUGUCUGUUGAAUGAUUGAUUGGUUGGCUGAUGGGUCGGUGGGUCGAUCAAACAGCUGGAGUUAAUGGUUUCUGUUCUUUUUUCUUCUACUACUUCAAUACGAUCAUCUUUUCUUUCCUUUGUUUUCUGUUUUCUUUUCUUUACAUACCACCUCAUUGUUUUGUUCGGUAUGUGGGAUGUCGGGUUGGUUGGGGGAGGUGGG